AUGAAGCUCCUCAAUCGCCUUCUCCGAUGGAGGAAAGCAAGCGACGAGGAACACUCCCCAACGACACCAGAGCAAGCCCUUUCAGUCAUUGCCCUGGGCCACACGGAUGCCGACACUGCCCACGUCCUCGACCCCUCGGUCGAUUUCGACCCGGAAUGGGCCCUGAAGAGGGAAGACGUAGCAGACCGGCGCUUGUUCACCUACUCGGGCCCUCGUGCUCGCCCACUGAGCAUCCUGGACCUGGGCGCCUCGCAGCCCAGCCAGAGGCAGCUGUCGACCGCCACCGCCCUGAUAUUUGUCGCCGACCUCGAGCCUUAUGACCAGCCCGGCCCGCCACCCGCGCUCAACCACAUACAGAGCGUGUUGGCGCGUCUCGCCGCGGUCAGAAGCUCGGCUCCUGACCUGCCCUUGUUCCUCCUCCUACGCAACACCGGUCCUUUUCGGCGGAAGCUGGACGAGGUGCCCUUGGAGAGCUGCUUUCCGGGUGAGGAUUGUACGCUGCGGGGAGAUGAGCUCGAGGGGGCACCGGGAGUAAAGCUCUUGAUUCGCAAGCUGAACGAGACGAACCCUGGCUCGGGGCCCGAUGAGGACACUUUCUACUUGAAUUUUAUGGCUAGGGAAGCAACUGUUACAAACAUGACCUUCAUCAUCUUGGUGAUAAGCGACAUGGCGCAAAGUCGUUGA